AUGACUGUGAAUUCCCAAAGGAAAGAUUGGGCUGACAAGUUAGAUGAUGCUUUGUGCGCAUACAAGACACCGAUAAGGACUUCUCCUUAUCGAAUGGUGUUUGGAAAAGCGUGUCACCUCACACUUGAAUUGGAGUAUAAAGCAUACUGGGCAAUCAAAAAGUUGAAUUUGGAUUCUGAGUUGGCAGGAAAGAAAAGGAUAACACAGCUGCAUGAGUUAGAGGAAUUCAGGUUUCACGCUUAUGAAAAUGCCAAAUUUUACAAAGAGAAGACCAAGAGGUGGCAUGCCAAGCAUAUUGUGUCACGCACCUUUGUGCCAGGUCAGUUGGUGUUGUUGUUUAAUUCAAGAUUGAAGUUGUUCCCCGGAAAACUUCGAUCCAAGUGGAGUGGACCGUUUGAAGUGGUGAGAAUAACUCAACAUGGAGCUUUGGAGCUAAGGAACAAGGAUAAUAGCUCUACUUUCCUUGUAAAUGGGCAACGUGUGAAGCACUACUUCGGGCAUGAUGUGGAUCGUGAGCAUGAAACGCUCGCAUUGAAUGACGAGUGA